CUGAGAAUGGUGAAAACGCGGAAGUAGCGCAUUUCUGCUGUCUAUUGGUUUCCCUCUGAGCGAUUGCGAAGUGAAAGCUAACACGUGGAGACGCAAUUUUAUAGCACCGUCCGCUCCACAACUGUAAAACUGCUAUUUUUACGAACCACGGUGGGUUUUGGUUUUCUAGCAGCUCUCGACACUGUGCCAUCAGUCGUCGAGUUUGACCGAUAAUGGCGGACGGCGGGGACGACGACUCCCUGGAUAAAAUCAACGAGGGCGACCACGUCGUGCUGAAGCGUGGAGACAUCUACAAAGCUGUCCAAAUACAGUCGAGAAAGAAAGUGGUGUUCGAGAAGAAGUGGUUCUUCUUGGACAACGCCGUGGGGCAGUUGUACAGCACCACUUUUGAUAUUGUAUCCGGAGGAGAGUUGCAGCCUGUGAAAGAUGUGCAGAGUGCUGCUUGUGAUGUGAAGGAGGCGGGCACGGACAACCGCAACAUCGUGGACGAUGGCAAGUCGCAGAAGCUGACCCGGGAGGAUAUCGAGACGCUUAAAGAGCAAGGUCUGAAGGGUCAGGAAAUAAUCCAACAGCUCAUAGACAACAGCUCUAGCUUCAAGAAUAAAACCGAAUAUGCCCAGGACAAGUACAUCAAGAAGAAAAAGAAGAAGUACGAGAACACUGUGACCAUUUUGAGGCCAACUAGUCGUAUCCUGGCGCUCAUGUACCACGGCCGAGAGCCAGGAAAGAUCUGUCACUUGCGAUUCGACACGCUGGCGCUGAUGCUAAACCUGGCCAACAUCCACGCCGGCAGCAAAGUGUUGGUGUUUGAGACGUGUGCUGGCCUCGUGCUGGGGUCCAUCAUGGAAAGAAUGGGAGGUUUCGGAUCAGUGAUCCAAAUGUAUCCGGGGGCUGGGCCGGUCCGAGCAGGAGUGGAGAACUUUGGCUUCCCCACCCACUUCCAUGACACGCUGCACGAGUUUCCCAUCUGCCACGUCAACGCUUUGCUAGCAGGCACGCUGGACACAAGAAGCAAGGAACCCGGUACUGGUGAGGGUAACGACUUCUCAGAGGCACCUCCUGCCGACGUGGAUGGCGAGGAGCAGCCCAAAACAGAGCAGCGGGACACGCCGAAGAACACGGAGACGAACGCCGGCGGCGACCAACCCACAGACGAGGAACGCGAGCGCAGCAGAGAGGCCAAGGCUCUGAUCAAGAGGGCGAAGCAGGAGGAGAAGCGCAAGAGGCUAGCGGCGGCGGCAGCCCUGUUAGAGGGGAGGAACGCAGACGGGUUGGUCAUCGCCUCUCUCUUCCACCCUUGUCCCGUCUUGUUGUGCCUGCUCAAGUUCUUGUCGCCCUCCAGGCCCUUUGCGGUGUACUCGCAGUACAAAGAGCCACUGGUCGAGUGUUUCACCAAACUGAAGGAGGCAGGCGGCACCGUCAACCUGCGCCUCACCGACACCUGGCUGCGCCAUUAUCAGGUGCUGCCCAACAGGACGCAUCCCAAGCUGCUGAUGAGCGGCGGCAGCGGUUAUCUCCUCUCGGGCAUCACCGUGGAAACGGAGAGGUCAGGCCAGACUGAUUCAGAGGAGCCGGCGGCCAAAAAACAAAAAGUGACAGAAAGCUAAAGAACUUUUAAAAGCCCUGCAGAUUGCGGUUCGGGGCACAUUAGCAGCUGGGCUGACAGUUGUGUCUGUUUGGAUCCGUCACAAACUCAUCCAGGCAGUUAAGCAAGGAAAGGCCUCAAAACAGACUCACCCUAGUUUUCUGUCUGACAUUUAGGUCAGCAUAUUUUUAUUACUUUUUAUUUCCAGAGAAUUUUAUUUUAAUUUUUUUUUUUUGCAACAUCUGAAACUUCACAGAAUUAAAAGAUUCUGACGCGGGAUAACUUUAUUUUAAUGUCUCCAACAAAGAUUUUUCCAGGCGCUCCUUGGUUACAGUGAAUUAAAUGACUUUGAAGCCUCA